GUCUGCAAUAUUUGAAUAUUUUUAUAGGCAAAUAUAAUUGACUCAAUUUAAAAAUCGACAACGUCGCUGGUCGCGGCUGUCAUUUUUAAUUUUGACAUUUCGAGUUUUUGAGACACGACACAUGACAGCAGAAUGAUUAGAUCUAUGGAUUAGAUCAGAUGUUUAUAAUUUCCAAAUUUUAAGAUUAAAAUGGUGAAAUUUUAAAUACGAUAACAGUGUCACACGUUGAUGACAAUGUAUAAAUCAUUAAUAAACUUAAGUAAAAACGAACUUAGAAUUAUAAGACAGAAAUCUAGUCUGGAAGCUCUAAAGGAACGAAUUAAAAAUGGUCCCGCUUUGCAAGAAUUUAUCGAAAGUACUGAUCCAGUACUAAAAGAGGAUCCAGCCACUUGGGCAGGAUAUGAUGGCAAGUUGAAACGAGAGAAGGGAGAGGAAAAGAGAUUGAAAUUACCCCCUUGGUUGAAAAGAAGAAUACCAACAGGAACAAAUUACAGUAAAAUCAAAGACCAGUUGAGAAACCUUAACUUGCACACUGUCUGUGAGGAAGCCAGGUGUCCUAAUAUAGGAGAAUGUUGGGGCGGAGGGGAGCAUGGCACUGCCACAGCAACAAUAAUGUUACUGGGUGACACGUGUACAAGAGGGUGUAGAUUCUGUUCUGUCAAAACUUCAAGAACACCUCCCUUGCCAGAUCCAAAUGAGCCUGAAAAUACUGCCAAAGCAAUUGUCUCAUGGGGACUUGACUACAUUGUUUUGACCUCUGUUGACAGAGAUGAUUUACCUGAUGGUGGAUCAAAUCAUUUUGCGGAAACUGUAAGAAAUAUAAAGCAAAAGAGCAAUACUAUUCUUGUUGAAUGUCUAGUACCAGAUUUUAGAGGCAAUUUAGAUCAUGUUAAGAUAAUUACAGAAAGUGGAUUAGAUGUCUAUGCCCAUAAUGUGGAAACUGUUGAAUCAUUAACUCAAUAUGUAAGAGACAGAAGAGCUAAAUACAGACAAUCGCUAGCAACUCUACAAGCUGCCAAAGAAUUCAACCCGAAUCUCAUAACCAAAUCAUCAAUAAUGUUGGGUCUGGGUGAAACAGACUACGAAGUAGAACAAACCCUCAAAGAUCUGAGAGAGCAUGACGUGGACUGUGUCACUUUAGGCCAAUAUAUGCAACCAACCAAAAGACAUUUGAAAGUUGUAGAGUAUGUCACUCCAGCCAAGUUCCAACACUGGGAGAAAGUGGGAAAAGAACUUGGUUUUCUGUACGUAGCCAGUGGUCCGUUGGUCAGAAGUUCCUACAAAGCUGGAGAGUUCUUUAUAGCUAGCAUAUUAAAGAAUAGGAAGACCAGUACAGCCCAGUGAAGUGCUAGGAACUAUAAAUCAGAAAUAGAGAUGUUCAAAUUAAACUUCAUUUGUAAAUAAACUUAAUUGAUUGUGUUAAUUGUU